UAGGAAAAAUAUCCGCGUCGCAGCCAGGAUUUACUACUCCUUUCUGCUGUUUUAGCAUUACGAAAGGUCGGUUUUGUUUUGUUUGACCGUACAGAAGUUUUUACCGGGACUAAAGAGCAACGACAGCUGUCGUGUGGAUACGUUUUUGGCGUCUCUGCGUGUGUGGUGGAUGUCUUCAGCACAUCGACACCUUUUUAAAUCCUAAUUGUUACUGCGUGAACCAGAACCACGCGAUGCCAGAAAACAAGACGAUUUCCCUGCUGAUCCAAACACCAAACCACACAUCUGAGAGGAGAAACAAGAAGAAGACGAAGAGGAAAAGAAGCAGAAACACUGUUUCCACCUCUCCGCCACAAAGUCAUGCGACACCUCAGCCUGUGUCUUUGCAUCCGGUGUCCCUGCUGAGUCCUGGUCAGCCUCGAGGCCUGCUGCCAAAGCUGAGAGCUGCCAGUAAGAAAGGUGGAGAACAGAGCAGCGGCAGCGGCUGGAGGAGCAAAAAACACCCAAAGAGUUUGACACCAGCAAACAAAACCAGGGAGAGUGAGAGUGGAGCUCCAGCGCAGGGGUUUGUGUCAAUGCCCAGCUCCCAGGCCAGGGAGAGUCUGAGGUGGGAGGGAGAACUGGGGGACCCCCGGGCUGAGGAGCAGAGGCUGGAGCUGUACAGGGCCGACAGACGGCAGCGGUACAUCACACACAGAACGGCUCAGUAUAAAGACGCACUGAAGGAUGCACUGAUACAGACAGAGCGUAAAGAGCAAAGAAUUUAACUGAAACAACUCUGUCAUUACAUUCAUUUGAACAGAGACUGAAUCCUCCAUAAGAACUAUCCUCUCUGACCCGCUCCCAGGAUGGUUUUUUAAUUAACUUUGAAUAACUUGAAAUAGCUGUGGAUGUUUUAUCACUGAAUGGAUACAUUUUAUGGUUUACGUUUUAUUACUCUGUGUUUCAUGUUACUUCUGCAUGAAUAUUUUAUAAUGUUAUGAAUAUGAUAUCUUUGUAAAUUUGACUGUUUUGGCUUUACUUUGCUUCCAGCUGCUGAACAAGACGACCAAUGUUUCCAGGUUGUUCUUAAUCAAUUUCAAUGACUUGAAAUGUUUAAUACAACAACAAAAAAUAUGCUUUUCUACCUAAUAAUGUGUUUGGGUGCAUUGUAAACAUUAAAGUUGUUCCAAUGUUAGACUUCAGGAUUAUCAGGGCAAUGUUUCUGUAAGGAUUAAUAUACAAGUAUGUAGAAGCUCUUUAACCAAAACGAUAUUUUUAAUGCUGGAAUAUAAUUAUUAUACUACUAUCCAUGACUAGUUUUACAAAAAAACUGAAAAAAAUAGUAAAGCACAUAAUUUUUUCUUGAUUAAGAUGUCAAAUUAUAGUUAUUUACUUGCAUUCUGAACAGAAUUUUUUUUUUUAGUGGUUGAAUGUUAUGCUUGAUUAAUAUCUUGCCCAGUGCAAAGAAUAACAAAAGAAAACGGCAACGUUUCACCAUGACCUA